AUGAUUCAGAAGAAUUAUCGAGAAUAUUGCCACAACGUCUUGUCCAGCGGGCGCUGCGCCGUCAGCGCAUGGGGAGUCAUCAGCAAGGAUGGACUCGGUUCACUUGUCCGAAUCGAUGGGUCCUUCACGGCAUCAGCUUACUGCGGAUCGCUUCAGGAAGUACUGGUGCCUUACGCCCUGGAGGGACCAUUCGAGGAUGGCUGCUACCAGCUGCAGCACGACCGAAGUCCGAUCGACACAGCUCGCACUGUGGCCUCGGUACUCGAGAACCUUGCCAUCCGCACUCUGUCUUUGCCCCCCGUCGGACCCGACCUCAACCCAAUUGAAAAUGUGUGGGGCAUCAUGAAGAGCCGCCUGUCUGCGCGACGUCCGACGCGCUUUGGCAGGCAGUAA